CGAACUCUGAUUCAGUGAUUGUAUCGACUCAAUCAGCGAUUGAUUUAACAGGCCCGAAAUGUAACGCACGCGCAAACCUAGUUCUUCCUUUCUGCUAAAUUCUUCGCCAUGGCUCCUGUGAAGAAACAGAGCAACAAAGGCUCCAAGGGUGGCAAGAAGAAGAAGCAGGUCCUGAAGUUCACUCUUGACUGCACCCACCCUGUUGAAGAUGGCAUCAUGGAUGCUGCCAACUUUGAGCAGUUCCUUCAGGAGCGCAUCAAGGUGAACGGGAAAGCUGGCAACCUGGGUGGUGGUGUGGUGUCUAUUGAGAGGAGCAAGAGCAAGAUCACUGUGUCCUCUGAGGUCCCCUUCUCCAAAAGAUAUCUGAAAUAUCUGACCAAGAAGUACUUGAAGAAGAACAACCUUCGCGACUGGCUGCGUGUUGUGGCCAACACAAAGGAGAGCUACGAGCUACGCUACUUCCAGAUCAACCAGGAUGAGGAGGAGGAAGAGGAUGAGGAUUAAACAUUGUCUGCUGGAUUUUGUACAUUCAAUAAAUUCUUAGAGUACUCCUGUUUUUUAUUUUUUCUCUACGGUGACAAGACAUGGAGCGGGUGGUAUAUUUACUAGGACACAAAAGGUCUAAAACAGGGAGGGACCUACCUGAAUUUGUCCAACAAGAAACACAUUUUCAUUGCAAAAAGUUUUGCUGCGGUGUGCACUCCUGAAUACACACUGUGGGUGACGAUCACUCAACCUUCUUGUGACAAUGCAGUACAGUGCCUAGAGAAAGUAUUCAGACCCCUGGACUUAUUCCACAUCUUGUUACAUCCUGAAUUCAAAAUUUAUUAAAUAUACUUUCUCACCCAUAUACACACAUUACACCAUAAGGACUAAGUGAAAACAUGUUUUUAGAAAUUUUUGCAAAUAUAUUGAAAAAGGAAUAGCUCAUUUACAUAAGUAUUCACACCCCUGAGUCAAAACUUUGUAGAAGUCUUUCUGGCUAAGCUUUCCACACCUGGGUUGUGACAUUUGCCCAUUAUUCUUUAAACUCAUCCAGCUCUGUCAAAUUAGCAGAGCAUUGCUAGACCAUUUUUAGGACUUGUCAUAGAUUUAAGCAGAUUUAAGUCAAUAACUCGGCCACUUGAACAUCACUGUUUUCUUGGUAAAUUACUAGUGUAGAUUUAGGCUUUUGUCCUGCUGAAAGGUGAAUUCAACUUCUAGAAAGCAGACAACCAGGUUUCCUCUAGGAUUUUUCUUGUGCUUAGCUUCUAUGUUUCAUUUUUUUAUCCUGAAAAACUCCAGUGCUUAAUGACUACAAGCAUACCCAUAACAUGAUGCAGCCACCACUAUGCUUGAAAAUAUGGAGAGUGGUACUCUAAAGUGCAGUUUUGGAUUUGCCACAAACAUAAGUUUGUAUUCAGGACAGUAUUUAGUGCCUUGAUGGAAUAUUCUGUACAGGCUUCCUUUUCACCCUGCCAACUAGGUUAGUAUUGUGAAGUAACAAUGUUGAUCCAUCCUCCAUUAUCUCCCAUCACAGCCAUUAAACAGCUCUAAAAUCA